UAAUUGAUAUUCUCGAACUUUCAAGAAAUUUUUUCGGAUUAUGGCACCACAUUACAAGGUCAUCCAAAAUCCUAUAUAAAUCUUUUCAAACACGCUUUUUCAUCAUUGUAAUUCUGAAGUUUGUCUAGUAUAGUCGAAAGAAAUGAGUGCAUUAAACUAUUAUUCUGAUUUAAUUAAAAUGAUGGAGGAGGCUUAUACUCUUCUACCAUCUUUGAAUCAUGAAUCUAGUGAAAUCAUUGAUAAGUGGGUGCGAAUGAGUAGUGACAAUAUGACUACAUUAAACAGACAUUUGCAAUCGAGUGGUUUAUCGGUUGGUGAAAAACAACGAAUUCAAUCGAUAAUUGCAGCACUCGCAACAUUACAUGAAAAGUUUAUAAAUCAUUCAAUCGUUGGAGGAAGCCUUCAAUCAACAGAACAAUUGAUUCGAUGGAAAGAUUUAGAAAAUAUUUUCCAAAAUCGAAUUCGCACUGGUGUUGUCAUUAACUUGCAACAUCUAAAUUUACGAGACUUCUUAUUGGACGCUGAAAAGCUGAUUACCGAAAAGUUGACAGAUAUAGUAACAAGUGAGGGAAAUUUAAAAGUGAACUUUGUCCUUGCUUGUAAAUUCAGUAAUCAAACAAAUGAUGGAACAGUUGUAGAAAUUAAGUACUUUAAUGUUAAAAAUGAAGCAAUUUUGCCGUCAACAGACAUAAAAAAACAUUUUCUGGAAAAUGUUGUUGACAAACUACUAACAAAAGUCGAGGAUUUUCAAGAACGAGAUUCUGGUUGGUCACUUGUAGAAAUUGAAUAUCUGCAAGUCAAUAUUAAUCGUUAUCAACCUCUAUUAGCUGGACAAUCUACAUUUAUACCUCUACCAAAAUUUAUACAACAAAAAAAAGCAGUACUAAAUAUUAAAAACAACGAUCAAUGUUGUUUCUUUUGGGCUGUUACUGCAGCUCUUUAUCCUGUUUUUGUAAAUUCAACAAGAACAAGUUCAUAUCCUGAUUACAAAAGUGUGUUAAAAUGUGAGGGUAUCAACUGUCCCACAACCUUACAUGAUGUUCCAAAAUUUGAAAAACUCAACGAUUUACCAAUAAAUGUGUAUGGUUUAGAUGACUUAAAUAUUAUAAAGUAG